UUUUUUUUUUCUUUUUCCUUUAUUGUUCUUAUUGUUAUUAUGGUUUUGCCUCAUUCAAAUUCCCGUCUGUCUGUUUUUCGAAAAGGAACAACACCAACAAAACAAACCAACAUGGGUGACUACAUGAAAAAAUACACCUCAUUAACCCCUCCACCACGAACACAAUCAUCUUCUAAACCAACAUCAGAAACAAGCAAAAGUACAGUUCAGACUAACAAAAUCCUGGACGGUGUUGUAGCUUGUUUGGAUGUCAGAACUGAGGAUGGUGAUGACGUUUCUCAAAAUUUUGAAAGAGCUUUACAAUCCAUGGGUGCCAAAACAAGGAGAACAUUUAGUGGUAAUCAACAAAUCAUAUCACAUAGAUAGAGAGUAACAGAAUAGAAUAGACUCAGUAACACAUUUGAUAUUCAAGAAUGGAUCUCCAGCAACAUUGAAAAAAGCCAUUCAAAAGAAUGUGUUUAUUAUCAACUUGUUAUGGAUCUCAAGAUGUAAACGAGAAGGGAAACGAUUGCCAGAAAAAGAUUUUAUUAUCGAAAAACCUCAGGGACUUGUGUUGGCAGGCAAAAAGAGACGCAAAUCUAUGGAACCAGGCAAAGUGAAAGCAUUGGGUGAUCUCGAGUCUUCUUUGUCCAGUUCAAGUGAAGGCUCAGAGACAGAUACAUACCACGGCUUUAUUGAACCAAGACGACGUACGAUUGCUACCAGUCAUUGGAUUACACGAGAAACCAAUGAGAGUUUGAUACGAAAAAGACACAUUCAGGA